GGGGCGUUGGGGGUCCUCGGGGUCCUCGGGGGCGAGGCUGCGGCCCUUCCCGACCGACCGCGUGGGGUCCGGGUCCCGCGCGGGCCUCGGUGCUGGGCCUCCUUUUCCCCGGGGUUGUGGUUCAGGUUUCCCGAGCCCAGGUCGGCCGAGGCGGCCUCUUAACGGCCCCUGUUCGAGGUGACUGUGACACGAGCUGGUCUCACACGUGCAGCAUCCUCCUUGGCCACCGUGCGCGGUCAAGGCCUUUUUAAGGUUUUUGUCGAUUAUGCAAACUGUUAAACUCGGGCCAGGAUACACCCAAAGCCUGAAACUCACCAUUUAGCACUGCUGUGGUGCACAGUUCAGUGGCACCCAGUGCCCUAAAGCUGAGUUUUACUCUGAAGGAGAAGGACCAGAAAAGGCUUAAAUGGUAAAAAUGUAACUUCCGCGAGAGAAUGCACUAGCCACAGGUACAGCGGGUGAAUUCUCACGUCGGGAUCAAGAGCAGAACCUUUGGGUGUCAGGUCCCUUUUACCCCCAGCCCUGCCCUGGCUGCUAGCCCUCACCUUACUUCCCCAGGGCGGAAGCCCUCCUGUGCCUCUGGGCCUUGUAUGGCUGUGUAGGCCUCUCUUUUCAUUGCUUCACGCUUGCUGGAGUUGCAGGUUCAAUCCGUUAUGUUCUAGGGUUGGAGCAGUGAUGCCUCAUCGGAUACCCAGAUGGUCUGUGUGGCUCCUCCAGGCCUCUCUAGGAUGGAGAAGGACAGCUUGCGCUCUUGGGGCUUCAGUGAAACAAAGGUGUCUGGGUUGUCCUUGGGGAGUGUCUGGCCCCUUGACUGUCAGAGACUACUCCUCAGCCUCCCGCACCCCUGAGGUGAGGCUGACCCAGGAGCGCUACCCUGUGCAGCGGUUGCCAUUCUCCACUGUGUGUGAAGAGGACCUGGCCACCUUUGAACAUAUCAUCCCUGGCAGGGUGGUCACAGACCCAGAGGAGUUGGAGGCGUCCAAUGUGGACUGGCUGAGGACUGUCCGAGGCUGUAGCAAGGUGCUGCUUCGGCCCCAGACCUCAGAGGAGGUGUCCCGCAUUCUCAGGCACUGCCAUGAGAGGAACCUGGCCGUGACCCCGCAGGGCGGGAACACAGGCAUGGUGGGGGCCAGUGUCCCUGUCUUUGAUGAGAUCGUCCUGUCCACUGCCCUCAUGAACCAGGUCAUCAGCUUCCAUCGAGUGUCGGGAGCUCUGGUCUGCCAGGCAGGGUGUGUGCUGGAGGAGCUGAGCCAGUAUGUGCAGGAGCGCGACUUCAUCAUACCACUGGACUUGGGAGCAAAGGGCAGCUGCCACAUUGGAGGGAAUGUGGCAACCAACGCUGGCGGUCUGCGGUUUCUGAGAUACGGCUCUCUGCGUGGGACUGUUCUGGGCUUGGAAGUGGUGCUUGCCGACGGCACCGUCCUGAACUGCCUGACCUCCCUGCGGAAGGACAACACGGGCUAUGACCUGAAGCAGCUGUUCAUUGGGUCCGAGGGCACCCUGGGGGUCAUCACCGCCGUGUCCAUCUUGUGCUCGCCCAGACCCAAGGCUGUGAAUGUGGCUUUUCUCGGUUGUCCAGGCUUUGCUGAGGUUUUGCAGACCUUCAGCACCUGCAAGGGGAUGCUGGGGGAGAUCCUGUCUGCGUUUGAGUUCAUGGAUGCUGAGUGCAUGCAGCUGGUCGGGCAGCACCUCCACCUGGCCAGACCAGUGCAAGAGAGUCCCUUCUACAUCCUGGUUGAGACCUCGGGCUCUAGUGCAGGACAUGACGCUGAGAAGCUGGACAGCUUCCUGGAACAGGGGCUGGGUUCUGGCCUAGUGACUGAUGGCACCGUAGCCACGGACCAGAGGAAAAUCCAGGCACUGUGGGCCCUGCGGGAGAGGAUCACAGAGGCCCUGAGCCAUGAUGGCUACGUGUACAAGUAUGACCUCUCUCUCCCUGUGGAGCGGCUGUACGACCUUGUGAUAGACCUGCGCUCCCGCCUUGGCCUACGUGCCAAGCACGUGGUCGGCUACGGGCACCUGGGAGACGGCAACCUGCACCUGAAUGUCACAGCAGAGUCCUUCAGUGAGGCGCUGCUGGGAGCCCUGGAACCCUAUGUGUAUGCCUGGACAGCUGAACAGCAGGGUAGCGUCAGUGCUGAGCAUGGCCUGGGCUUUAAGAAGAGGGAUGUCCUAGGCUAUAGCAAGCCGCCCAUGGCUGUGCAGCUCAUGCAGCAGCUCAAGGCCCUGCUGGACCCCAAGGGCAUCCUGAACCCCUACAAGACACUGCCCACACGGGCCUGACUGCAGCCAUCUGCCUGCUGCCAUGGUGCACCAGGGGCCUUGGGCACCAGGGUAGGUGGGCCUAGAGGCCUCCCAGCUAAUGGAGGCAAGGUAACAGUCCCCUAACAGAAGGGUCAGGAGGCAGCUCUGCAGGUCCAGGAUGCAGGACUCUCCUGGCUGUGUUCCUGUUCUGUUCGUUCUCCCUUUGCUUCUGCUGGCUCAUCCCGGACAGGCCAGAUGGAUGGUCAGCUUCCACACUCCAAAUCAGGCCAGGCCACAUCUGUUCCGUGGUGGCCCCUGGGGACCUAUCUUGUUUGCCCAGUCUUUGGAGGGAUGCUAUGUGGUCCUGCUGCUGGAUCACCAUGGGAUGUGUGACCACAACCAUGGGUCAGUUACCAUAAUGACCCAGAGCACUGAAUGGAAUCUGGUUAUAAGACUGAGGAGGUCUUGGAUUGGUGACUGUGGUUUGUCAAGAGCAGAGUACAGGACUGUGCCAUUUGUCUGUUCUGGCAGGCCUGUCUGGGCAGAAUAGUGGGCAGGCAGUAUGGGCUAUGAUGGCUGCUGAGCUCAGCCCUUCUGGAUCUGCUCCUAGGGGAAGGUCCUGUGCCACAGUGAGUGACUGACUCUCAGGCCUGUGCAGGGGCUGCACACCACCCGUCCUGUCUGCUCCAGGUGAGGGUGCCCUCUUUACCUGUGGUCCCUGACAGCCUGGGAGGUUAGACACACGUUUUCUUUUUGUGACUGAAAUGAACUUCCAGUAAAAAUGUGAGUUAACCACAACCUUCUUUUUGCUUCUUUAACUAGAAAAUUAAUCUUGUAAA